GCCGCGCAAUUAGCAUAUUAAUCAGCCCCGGGUCGGCUUCGGAGGCGAUCGGAGCGCAUCGUCUCGCGCGGCGAGGCCAACGCAGCAACAGCCCAGCCCUGUACGCGCCGACGGGCAGAGAGAGAGCGAGAGAGGGGGAUCGGGCUGCCCCGCUUACUGCGCUUACUGCGCUUCCCUGCGGGGAGGCCCCGCGGUCGGGGGCGGCCUUGCCUAAGGGCUGGGCCGGGGUCUCUCCCAGGGCGGCGGAUGCCAGGGCCCCGCCGAGCGGGCACGUCGAACCUCCCCUGCGCCAGGCCGGGCAUGUGAAGAUGUCAGUGGGCUGUGCGUGCCCAGGCUGUUCCUCUAAGUCAUUCAAGCUGUACUCUCCAAAGGAGCCCCCAAACGGCAACGCCUUCCCCCCCUUCCACCCGGGCACUAUGCUGGAUCGAGAUGUAGGACCGACUCCUAUGUAUCCACCAACGUACUUGGAGCCUGGAAUUGGGAGGCACACACCAUAUGGCAACCAGACUGACUACAGGAUAUUUGAGCUUAAUAAACGGCUGCAAAACUGGACAGAGGAAUGUGACAAUCUGUGGUGGGAUGCCUUCACCACUGAGUUCUUUGAGGAUGAUGCCAUGUUAACAAUCACUUUCUGUCUGGAAGAUGGACCAAAGAGAUACACGAUUGGCCGCACUCUGAUCCCUCGCUACUUCCGGAGCAUCUUUGAAGGUGGUGCAACUGAGUUAUACUAUGUCUUGAAGCACCCCAAGGAGUCCUUCCACAAUAAUUUUGUCUCGCUCGACUGUGACCAGUGUACUAUGGUCACACAACAUGGCAAGCCCAUGUUUACACAGGUGUGUGUGGAGGGUCGCCUCUACCUGGAGUUCAUGUUUGAUGACAUGAUGAGGAUAAAGACGUGGCACUUCAGCAUCCGGCAGCACCGGGAGCUCAUUCCCCGCAGCAUCCUUGCCAUGCAUGCGCAAGACCCCCAGAUGCUGGACCAGUUGUCCAAGAACAUUACCCGAUGUGGACUUUCAAACUCCACACUUAACUACCUCCGACUUUGUGUAAUCCUAGAACCAAUGCAAGAGUUGAUGUCACGGCACAAGACCUACAGCCUCAGCCCCCGGGACUGCCUCAAGACAUGUCUCUUCCAGAAGUGGCAGCGUAUGGUGGCACCACCUGCUGAGCCUGCACGUCAGCAGCCCAGCAAACGCCGGAAAAGGAAGAUGUCAGGGGGCAGCACCAUGAGUUCUGGUGGCGGCAACACAAAUAACAGCAACAGCAAGAAGAAGAGCCCAGCUAGUACCUUCGCCCUCUCCAGUCAGGUACCUGAUGUGAUGGUGGUGGGUGAGCCAACCUUGAUGGGCGGGGAAUUCGGCGACGAGGAUGAGCGCCUUAUCACACGGCUGGAGAACACACAGUUCGACGCUGCCAAUGGUAUUGAUGAUGAGGACAGCUUCAACAACUCUCCCGCGCUGGGCGCCAACAGCCCCUGGAACAGCAAGCCUCCCUCCAGUCAGGAGAGCAAGUCUGAAAAUCCUACGUCGCAAGCAUCACAGUAAAGCCCCCACCCACUGCCCAGCCUGGCCUUGACAUGACUUGGCUGGUGCCCCCACGGACUGAGUCAAAACCGUUCUACCUGGACAUUUGUGAAGAAGAGUGGCUAGCUGGCUGGCAAGGUAGCAGGGCUGAUGGGCACUGCAGUCUGCCCACCUACCUGCUUCCAGUCGGCCUGACCACCACUCCCCGCUGUCUGCACUCUUUGCUGAGCUCCUUAUGGCAGACUUGGGGCACUGAGACCUAAUGGAGCUUUGAUCUCAUUUAUGCUCCAGCAGAAUUUUAAUCCCUUCUCUUCCCCCUCCCCUCCCCACACGUAUCCAGAGCCUUGGACACCACAAGCUACACUCAAGUGAGAUGGUGUUCCAUAUUCAUGACAUAUGCAGCUCGUCUGCACCUGAUUAUCUUGCCUGAUUUGGCAAGAGAUGGGCCAAGUGCUUAAACUGAUUUGAUAGAAUGUCCACCAGAGCACAUAUUCCAUAUUCAACCUCAAGGGGGCUCUCUGCCAGCAGCGUGUAGACAACUCUAUGACUCGCAAAGGGGGGCAGCUAAGAUUUUGUGGGAUAGGUCUUUAAGCACUCCCUGCUGGCAGCUGUAGGUAUGGCAGGGCAAAUAUUCUUGUUCUGCCUGAAGAACCCAGAAAAACAAUGUGGGAGCAGAUGGAGUUGGGAGUUUAAGACCUUGUGACAUGUGGUUAGUAAACUACCCUGCACUGACAUGGGAUGGGCAUAUGUCCCUUCCAGUCUGAUCUUUGAGUAUAGGACCAGCCUGCUGCCCAGUCUGCUCCUACAGAAAACUUCAAUCUUGACCUCCCCACACACACACACUUGUUUUUUUUUUUAAAAAAAAGUUAUUAAAAUUGUAAGUUAAAAAAAAAUCUGCCCUCCCUCCCUGUUUCCCCCAAUCCUGAUUUUUGUACAGGCUUGCCUACCGAUCUGGGAGUCUUGGUUUUUAUAUACAGUUCUGAGAGCUUCAAACCAAGGAGAGACUUUGCAGACUUCCUUUAUAACCCUUUGAGGACAGCAUGGCUGCCCCACUUGCCCCCUCUGUGUAACUCGUGUGUGCUGCUGUCCCUGCUCCCACCUUCUCUACCACCCCUCCCUUUCGGGUUUGUGUACCUUGUGCUUGUAUAUUUCCGCGCUGUAGGCCGUGUGUAUGAUACUGUUUUUCACUGUGUUCUCACUAAUGCAGCCACCCCCUUCAGUGGUUGGGGGAGUUUGUUUGGAUGGGCAUCCUUCAUGGGAGGCAGGAGAGUUCAGAAGAUACUGUCACCAGUUUCACAGCAGUGGGACAAAUUGAGGACCAGGGCCAACAACAGAGUCCCUUAGGAAGUUUAGCGUGGGAAUGGAAUGUGUUUCUUAACAGGGGAGUGCUCAUUUCCUCCAUUAUAGAAUGAUGCUGGCUUCUGCCCUGUUCUAGGAAACCAGUUUGCAUCUGGAUUGAUGAGGAGUGGCAGGGCCUGGUCCCCAUGCCAGUGCUCUCCAGUGUUUGAAUUUCAUUUAUGCUCUUUCACCUGCAUUUCCUGCUCCCAGUUUUGUUCUGUGUGUCCUGAAGAGAGGAUUCCCUUGUGUCACAGAGGCCACAAAAAAAGUCAUAUCUGGGGCACUUUUCCCAUUUUGACAAUGACAUACAGAAUAGUGUGAGGUAUUUUGGUCACCUCAUGACACAGGCUGGUUGUGAGUUUGGUGGCGUUUAGGGGACACAGUCUGGACUGUCAUGACAGGCACCCCUUUGCCUUAUUGAGGCUGUUUCUCCGAGCUGAUCCCUUGCUGCAAGGGAGUUCUCCUUAGCAGAAUUACUGCCAUCCUUUUGCCCUAGAGCUGCUGUUGGCUCAUUACUUCAGAGUGGUCUGUUCAUCACUGGGGCAUACUUUCCCUCUGAAUCAUGCCCUGGAAUCCCAAAAAUUCUUCUCUCCCCUGGAAGAGCCCAGGUGGGUCAACAUGAAAUACGUUCAUGGGGGGCUGGACUCUUUUAUGUUACUGGGCCUGGAUGCUCCAUCCCAGGGAGCGGGCAGUACAUAGUUCUAUAAUUUACAGGAUGUUUUCUGUAUCCUUUUUGUACUUAAAGAUAAAGAGUGUCACGUCCCCCAUUGCUGUGGCUCGGCAUGAAUUGGUGGCGUGUACUCCAUCCCUUCUCCCUGCCUUUGCUCUUCCCGCCUACCCCCCACCCCCCACCCUGGGGCACUGUAAAGCCUUUUUUUUUUUUUGCAUAGUUUGUGCCAUUUAUGGUCAUGUAUGGUACCAAUAAAACAACUUUUCGGUUU